AUGUAUAAGCCUCGUAAUAUGAACAUUCACCAUGUUAAAAACGCGCUCAGAGCUAAAUUGGCGAACAAUUUCCGAAGAUUUAAAAUCAACCCCAACAAAACGAUAGAUAUCGAAUCGAAUAGUUGUUAUUUUCUGGGCGUACCGGAAAUUCCGUCCGACUCGUUCCGAUCCGCGACGAGUUUUCCAACGUUACUGGGCCAGUAUCUGUGUUUAAUUCCCAUUUCGCAGGAUCAAUUUUGCAUCUACAGCGUGCGCACGAUACUUUCGGUGAUCGCGUUCGCGUGCCAAAUAAGCAUGACGCUGUUGAGUUUCCACUGGCUGAAGAAAAGCGGUGUCAACAUAUUUAAAGGAGGUCGCGCGCACAAAUGA